AUGCAAUUUGCUCAACAACAAGAUAAAUCAAGAGACUCUUCAGCAUUUAAUCUAUUUAAAAAGAAGAAUGCACUUGCAACUAUGAUAUGUGAUCCAAAUAUGUUAGAAGCUACUUUGAUAUCUGUUUAUUCAUUAAAUACUGCGUUUGCCAAGAAACCAUCAUCAAAAAAAGAUGUUAUUGUUUUGAUACCUGAAACUAUGAAGAACGAGGAUAUUGAACGUCUAAAAGAGCUUGGCACACAUGUUAUUAAGACAUCAAUGCUAUCUUUUAAUGAUAACAUGAAAUAUAACAGUUGCAAUCCAGCCAUGUUGAUUAAUCUCUGGGCUUUGUUCGACUAUCAAAAAGUUGUUUAUUUUACACCAGAAAUUAUAUUUGAUAAUAAUGUCGAUCAAUUAUUCAACUUUCCAUCAGGUUCUUCUAUCGUGAAUAAAGAAGAAUUUUAUACUCCACUCUUUAUUCUAGAGCCAAACCCUAUUACGUUCGAAUCCCUUGUCCGAGAUUAUAAAAGAUUAUCAUCCAAUACAAAUAGCGCUCAGUUAUUUAAUCAAUUGCUCGAUCAAUCUUUUUUCGACUAUUCUUUACGUAUUCCGAAAGACACAUUAAAGCAGAAUGUUUAUGUUUUUGAUAAAAAAAUGAAGCCAUGGAAUUUCCAUACUUAUCAUGACUUUGACUGGAAGAAAGAAUAUGAUCCUUUAGGCUUUUAUAAAUGGCGUCAUUUAUCUAAUAGUCUUAGAGACUUGUUUAAUUUAAGCUCUGAUUGGAAGAAUAAGGAUAGACAACGUAUGGUUUGUGAUGCCUAUCUAGACGCUAAUUCAAAUAAUAUCAAUCAUUUUACUAUUCAAAAUCAAUUUUCUGUUAUGAUUAGUACUUAUAACCCUGAACGCAUUGAACAUCUAUCAUUACUUAUUCAACAUCUCUUGAAAUCUAAAAAGGUACAUACUGUCUUUGUAACUUGGCACAACCCUAAUUUAGAGGUCCCCGAUACCCUGUAUCAAGGAAUUUCAGAGAAAGACCUUGAUCGCGUUAAAGUCUUAAUGCAAUCAUUUGAUUCCUUAAAUAAUCGCUUUAAUCCUGUAAAUGAACUCAAGACGGAUGCUGUCUAUAUUAUGGAUGAUGAUAUUUAUAUUGAUCUUGAUGAUUUAGAAUUCACAUUUUCGAUUUGGCAGCAACGUAAAGAUAGUGUAGUUGGUCAUUUCCCUCGUUACCAUACCUAUUCACCUGAAUCCCAUGAAGCUACAUAUAAAAUAAUUGGAAAGGCACCUUACAGUAUCAUUUUAACCAAGAGUAUGUUUAUUCGAUCAGAUUACUUAUUUAGCUAUACUUGUCUUUUAGAUUCAAAGUUACACGAAACAAUCGAUUCAAGAUUAAAUUGUGAAGAUCUUGGUUUCUCAAUGAUGGCUUCUGGUAUCUCAAAUGUAGCACCUACCUAUGUUCGUCCUCAAGAACCUAUGGAAGACUUUGGUUUGAAAAAGGGCAUUAGUACAAAUUCUGCCCAUAUGCCAGCUCGUUCCAAAUGUAUUUCUGACUUUAUUACUGAUUACUGGAACGAAAAGGAUCCUCUUAUUAAAGCUUAUGACACUGUUGUUCCUUUUUCUAAGCCUGUUAUCCGUGUAGGUGACUGGAAUAGAGCUGAAAAGAAUAUCCUGGAAAAUUAA